AUGCGUUGGCCAUAUAUCAUUUCACUCCUAGCAUUAUUAGGUGCAGGUUUAUUAUUAUUUUUCAACAUUUUAUGUGGUGCUUCAAACUCUUCAGUCUUGGGUAAAUUCUACUGGCUAGAAGCUCAAACAUCUGGUAUUUCUGGUGCUCAUGAUACUACUAGAUGGACUAAUUAUAACAGCUGUGGUGUUCAAAAUGGUAGAAACUAUGACUGUACUAAAAGUCAAGCUGCUUAUCCAAUGUCUCCAAGAAGCAAUUUCGGUUCAAGCUCUGGAAUUCCAUCAAAAUUCAGCUCCAAACGUGGUAUCACUUAUUACUUAUCAAGAGUUGGUUGGGCUUUCUUAUUAUUAGGUUUGUUAUUCACAUUACUUGCCUUAUUGCCUGUUGCUGUCAGUUUCUGCUUGCCAUCACUUUCAAUUUUGGGUAUUGGUUCAGGUUUUGCUACAAGUGCUGCUUUGUUAUUCACUACCUUGGCCGCUGCUUUGUUAACCGCUGCUUAUGUCAAAGCUCGUAACAACUUUAAAUCUGAUGGAAGAAAAACAAGCUUGGGUAAAAAAAUGUUUGGUUUUAUUUGGGGUUCUGUCGCCUUGUUAUUCUUAAGUUCAUUAUUUAGUGGUGUUGGUUGUAUUGGCUCUAUGUUUGGUAAGAGAAAAGAAAAGAGAGCUUAUAAUGAUUAUGAUUCAUCCUCACAUGAAACUUAUGGUAACAACUACGUCCAUGAAAAGAGAGAAGAACCAAACGCCAGAGGUGGUUUCUUUAACAAGAAUAAGACUAAUGAAGAAGCUGAACUUGAAAAUAUUGGGUACCAUGCUGGUCUUGGUGCUUCUGGUGCUACUUCAGGCUUAACUGGUGCUGGUGCUACUACUGGUGGUACUCAAAGAGGUGUCAAUUCUUUUGAUCAUGAUCCUGAAAAAUUGGAAGAUGUUGGAUAUCAUGCUGGAUUGGGUGCCUCAGGUGCUACUUCUAAUGUUGCUGAGCCUCAACAAGCUCAUACCAAAGGUACUGGUGGCUCUGGAUUAGGUACUGCUGCCGCUGCUGGUGCUGCUGGUGUUGCCGGUGCUGCUGCCGUUGGGCAUCAUAACAAAUCCAAGAAAAACGAUUCAAUUCCUGAAGGUAAUGAAGGUGAUUAUUACGGUUCUAAUAAUCAAUAUGGCUCGUCUCAAUAUCCUCAAGGUAAUUCAACCACUGGUGCUUAUGGUUCAACUAACAAGAAUAGAGAUUUAACUGGUAAUGCUACAGGAAUUCAAACUACAAAUCCUGAGACUGGUGAAACUUUAGAUGAUGUUGGACGUGCUGCAGGUUUUGGUGCUUCCGGUGCUACUUCUGAUUAUACAGGUGCUCCAGGUGUUACUUCUUCCCGUGAUAAUGACUACUACACUCAAGGUACUGGCUCUAACACUGCUGGUUAUUCUGACUCUUCAAAACCUUAUAAUACUGACACUGCAACUGGUUAUGAUGAUCAUCAAAAAUCCUCAUCAAACCAAGGUAUUAUUGGUGCUGCUGCUGCUGCUCUUGGAUUAGGUGGUGGUGCUGCUGCUGCUUCCCAUCACAACAACAAAGGUAACACCUCUGGUGUUGACUCAAGUAAUCCAUAUGGUUCUGGUGUUGGUGAUCAAGAAUACUACCAUCCAUCUUCAGGCUCUAAUGAUCCUUAUGCUAACACAUCUACAACAAGAGAUGUCUCUGGUACACACGGUAAAAAUUAUUCAAACGAUCCAAAUUAUUCUAAUGAUAAAUCUGGUGGAUAUGGUACUACAGCCGCUGGUGCUGGCGCUGGCGCUGCAGCUGGAUAUGCUUUAGGUAAAGGCUCUAACAAACCUGCUGGUGGUCAUGCUAGUCGUGGACAUGCUAGUCGUGGACCUGCUUAUGAUUAUGAUUAUGAUCCUGAAGGAACUGAUGUUGGUGAAGGUGCAACUCGUGCUGGUGCUAAUUCAGCCAAGGACAAAGCUUACAAGAACCAAUUUGAAAAUAAAUCUACUGCUCUUCCAGUCGGUACAUCUCCUCACGCUUAUGGUACCCAAUCAUCCACUAACGAUACUGGUGUUCCAGGUAAUGGUGCUGCCGCUGCUGCUACUGCUGCUUCCACUGGUGCCAUUGGUGCUGGUGCUGGCUCUGGCCCUGGAUCAACUGGAUAUAGUGCUGAUCCAAACUCUACUACUGGUACUCAUUAUAGAGCUGCAAACCAAGGUGCUGCUGUCCGUCCUGAAGAUACCUACAAAAACUUGUAUGCCAACAGUAAAGAAAAUAAUGAUGUUACUGAUACUACAGGUUAUGAACCAACUCAUUAUUAUUCACGUAAAACUGGUCAAGAUUUCAACACUGGUAAAGAUGCUCAAGUUUCUGAAACUGGUGCUGGUGAUAAUGUCUAUGGCUCUACUAGAGCUACUGAUAAAUAUGAUACUACUGGUACUACUGGCACAAGUGAUAGAGAUGCUACAGUUUCUGGUAAUGAUGAUUCCACUGCUUCAAAUUCUGCUAAAGGUGGCUUCUUCGGUUCAAUUUUGGGUCUUGGUGGUUCAAAGAAAUCCACUGAUAAUUCUAGCUUAGCAAAGAGAGCCUCUACUAGCUCAUCUGUUUAUGAUAAUCAAUCUGAUGUUGGUACUACAGGUCAUUCAAACCGUGAUACUGGAGCUUAUGGCUCAACUUCCUCAAAAUCUGGAACCCAAGGUGAUAGAGAUGCUGUUUAUAACCAAGGUACUUCUUCAACUUCUGGUCAAUAUGAUCAAGGUGCUAGUUCAGAACAUGGUAAUAAGUCAUCUGGAAUUGAUAAAGGUACAUUAGGUGCCGCUGGUGCCGCUGCUGGUGCAGCCGGUGCUUAUGGUGCUAGUAAAACUGGUCAUGAAAAAGAGUUUGGACAAGCUAAAGAUUUAGGUCGUGAUACUUACGAUAAGCAUGGUGAUAAGAUCAAUGAUUAUAUUGGUGGUAAAGGUAAAUCAUCAUCCAAUAAUGCUACUUCUAGUGCUACCAAAUCUUCUUCUCGUGAUCCUACAUCAACAACAUAUGGUUCCUCAACUGGCUCAAAAUCUACUUCUAAACCAACUGGUCCAAAUGGUGAAACUUUAGAUGAUGUUGCAUAUUCUGCUGGCUAUGGUGCUUCUGGUGCAACUGCAGAUACCUCCAAAUUAGAUAAAACUUCAGGUGCACAAGGUUAUGGUAGUUCCCAAGACAAAUACUCUAAAGAUUCAACUGCUAAUACUUCAUCUGGUAAGAAAUCCUCUGGAAUUGAUAAAGGUACAUUAGGUGCCGCUGGUGCCGCUGCUGGUGCAGCCGGUGUUUAUGGUGCUAGUAAAACUGGUCAUGAAAAAGAAUUUGGACAAGCUAAAGAUUUAGGUCGUGACACCUACGAUAAGCAUGGUGAUAAAAUUAAUGAUUAUAUUGGUGGUAAAGGUAAAUCAUCAUCCAAUAAUGCUACUUCUAGUGCUACCAAAUCUUCUUCUCGUGAUCCUACAUCAUCAUCAUAUGGCUCUUCAACUGGCUCAAGAUCUACUUCCAAACCAACUGGUCCAAAUGGUGAAACUUUAGAUGAUGUUGCAUAUUCUGCCGGUUAUGGUGCAUCUGGUGCUACUGCUGAUACUUCCAAACUUGAUAAAUCCCACGGUGUUCAUUCUGAUUCAAAAUCAGGUGCUACUGGUAAAGGCUCUUCCAAGAAUGGUAGAAACGAAAUUGAAUCAUCCGCAGCUAAAUCAUUAGGCGUUGGUGCUGGUACUGGUGCUGCUGGUUAUUCUGCUACUAAAGGAACUUCUGACUCAAGAUACAGCUCUAAACCAGGAAACAGUGAAGAUAUUUAUGGUGGUUCAAAUACCAAAUCAUCAUCAUAUGGUUCUAAUGAAAAGUAUGGAUCAAGUAACCGUCAUGGCUCUUCUACUGCUGAAGCUGUUGUUGAUCCUUCUAGAAAUAGAAACCCAAUUGCUGAAGGUCUUACUGGAACAUCUGCAACUAAACCAACAACUGCUGAUCCAUAUGCAACUACUGGCUCUUAUGGUACAUCAAAACAAAGCCCUAAUGUUGCAGGAAUUUCCAAUGAUGAUAGAACCCAAAACUUUGGCUCCACAAAAUCUGGUGCUUACUCUACUGGUCCUUCUACUGCUGAAAAACUUGAAUCUGGACUAUCUGGUCAAGACAGAAGCACAAGAACUAAAGCAAAUGAAUUUUCUUCAAAAUCUGGUAAUGGUUCCUUAGGUGUUGGUUCUGGUGCUGCUACUGGUGCUGGUGCUGCUACUGGUGCAGCUCUUGGUGAUAAAUAUUCUUCUUCAGGUAAUACUUCAGGUGCUAACAAGUAUAAAACUACUGGUACUGAUUCUUCAAGAAGAUAUGGAGGUGAAGCUUAUGAUGAAGAUGAUAUUCCAGGUACAUUCCCAAGUAAUACUGUAUCAUCAUCAACUCAAGAGACAUCCACUUUAGACAAUUCUAAUUACACCACUCAAAAAGGUACUUCUAAUACUUAUGGUUCAAAUACUUAUGGUUCAAAUACUUAUGGUUCCAACACAAAUGACUAUGAUUCAUAUGGUAACAAAUCAAAUACUUACUCUACUAGAGGAACUGGUAAUGAUGUUCAAUAUGAUGCUAAUGGUAACCCAAUUCAAGAAGAAUCAAUUUUACAAAAAGUUGUUGACACAGCCAAAAGUGUGAUUUAA